AUGACUAUCUCCUAUGCUCCAAAGGAAGUAGCCGUUUUUGACGUGGAAGACGUGUUGGAGAAAUUAACCGUUCAAGAAAAGAUUGAUCUACUUGCUGGUAUCGACUUCUGGCACACCAAGAGCAUUCCCCGUCUUGGGGUCCCCUCAGUCAGACUCUCCGAUGGCCCCAAUGGAGUCCGAGGUACACGAUUUUUCAAUGGUGUGCCGGCAGCUUGCUUCCCCUGCGGCACUGGUCUAGCAGCAACUUGGGAUGCCGGUCUGCUUCGGGAAGCCGGAACGCUCAUGGGUCUCGAAGCAAGAACCAAGGGGGCGCACAUCCUCCUAGGUCCCACGGUCAACAUGCAAAGAAGUCCACUGGGAGGCAGAGGAUUUGAAUCGUUCUCAGAAGACCCAGUUCUUGCAGGCCAAAGUGCCGCUGCAGUUGUCGCCGGCAUUCAGAGCACAGGAGUCCAGGCUGCUAUCAAGCACUUUGUGGGAAAUGACCAGGAGCACGAGCGAAUGGCCGUUGAUUCUCGCAUCACAGACAGGGCUCUUCGGGAAAUCUACUUGCUGCCUUUCCAGAUUGCUGUGCGAGAUGCCAACCCAGCGUCCUUCAUGACGGCUUACAAUAAGGUCAAUGGACUGCAUGUGAGUGAAGACCCCAGUAUCCUCCAGAGCAUUUUGCGUGAUCAAUGGAAAUGGAAAGGCCUUAUCAUGAGCGACUGGUAUGGCACAUACUCUACAAUCGAAGCCAUCGAAGCUGGUCUCGACCUGGAGCUGCCUGGACCCACGCGUUGGCGCGGCCAGCUGGUGAAGCACGCUCUGGCAUCCAGAAGACUCCUUCCCGAGAUCGUCGAUGAAAGGGUCCGCGCUGUCCUUAAAGCCGUUCGCCGUGCAGCCUUGACGGGGAUCCCAGAAGGGGCAGAGGAGAACGGCCGAGAUCUUCCAGAGACCUCAGCUCUCCUUCGAAAGAUUGCGGGAAACUCAAUCGUACUGCUGAAAAACGAGAACUCUACUCUGCCUUUCAGGAAAGAAAAAACUGUUCUCGUCAUCGGACCAAAUGCCAAAGCAGCGGUCUACUGUGGUGGUGGAUCAGCCACUUUGAGACCUUACUACGCAGUAACGCCCUUCGAUGCUAUUUACGAGCAAGCAAAGCAUGUAGUGUACUCUGUCGGGUGUUAUGCUCACAAGAUGCUGCCGAUUCUUGGCCCGCGAUUGAAAACCGUAGACGGCCAGGUCGGAGUCACCUUCAGGGCUUACACCGCACCUGAAACUGAUAGCGAUCGUCAACCAGUUGAUAUGCUGCAUCUAGUUGAUACGAACAUGUACUUUGCCGAUUACUACCACCCCGACAUAACAGAAGACCUAUGGUGGGGAGAGAUUGAGGCCUCGUUCACUGCUGAGGAGACGGGCGAUUUCGAGUUCGGUCUCACUGUUCACGGAACUGCCAAUCUUUAUAUUGACGGAGAGCUCGUGAUCGACAACGAGACUGUCCAAAGAGGUGGUGGGAGCUUCUUCAACGUCGGUACCGUGGAGGAAACGGGUACCAAGGCAUUGGUCGCCGGGCAGACGUACAAUAUCACGGUCAAAUUCGCCAGUGGCGCAGCAUCCAAGGUCAAAGACGCCGAUGGUGUGGUUUCCUUUGGCGGCGGCGGUGUUCGCAUUGGUGGUGUCGAAGUCCGCGACGCAGAUGAGGAGAUUCAUCGCGCAGCAGAGCUGGCAAAGUCGGUGGACCAAGUCGUCAUUUGCGUCGGUCUCAAUGCGGACUUUGAGCAAGAGGGUCAUGACCGCCCGCACAUGGACUUGCCUGGAAGAACAGAUGACUUAGUUGCCGCUGUCGCUGCUGCCAAUCCAACUACCACAGUCGUGGUCCAGUCAGGAACGCCCGUGACUAUGCCAUGGGCUGAUUCUGUAUCGGCAAUUAUCCAGGCAUGGUACGGCGGAAACGAGACGGGUAACUCCGUUGCCGAUGUCCUAUUUGGAAACGUCAACCCAUCGGGCAAGUUGCCCCUAUCAUUCCCGGUCAGGGUUGAGGACAACCCGGCUUUUCUCAACUACCGAUCGGAUCAAAGGCGAGUCCUUUACGGCGAGGAUGUCUUUGUUGGGUAUCGCUACUACGAGGCAGUCAAGAGAUCUGUUCUCUAUCCCUUUGGAUGGGGACUAUCUUACACGUCCUUCAGCGUUGACAGCCUCCAGGUUUCUCACGGAGUCAAGGACGGUGACGAAAAGAUUAUAGUGCGAGUUGGGUUGAACAACAUUGGGAAGGUUGAUGGUUCCGAAGUUGUGCAGGUCUACGUUUCACCACAACACCCCUCAGUUACACGCCCCAAAAAGGAGCUUAAGGGAUUCUCUAAGACGUAUGUUAAGGCGGGACAGUCCGCUCAGGUAGAAGUCAUCCUGAGCAAGAAAUAUGCUCUCAGCUUUUGGGACGAACCGCGAAAGCAGUGGGCGGUGGAGGCUGGAAACUUUGACAUACUUGUUGGCACCAGCAGCCUUGAGACGCCUCUCGCGGCGAUGAUGAAGGUUGAGAGGACUAGCUGGUGGUCAGGUAUUUGA